AUGACUACAAAGAAACUAAGGGAAGAAAACGAACUCCUACGAUCGGAGAUCGAAGGGUUAAAGAACCAACUAUACAAGAUAAGCGAAGAUUUGAAAACACAACAAGCUACUGCAGCAUCAAAGUCAAGCAGAACCGCUGAAGCGAAACAGGCAAAAGAUACGAUCGAACGAACCAACUCUGAGGAACGAGCAGAGGCUGUUGUCUUUAUGAGCAAACAAUAUGAUGAUCUAGAAGUAUUCCGUAAGCAAGCGACGCAAGAUAUUCAACAGAUCACAAAAAAAUUGGAUUCAAUCAGUAAAAAAUGUGAUGAGAUUACUGAGGCCAUCGAACUGGCCGAACAAUAUAGCUACCAAUACAACAUUAAGAUCAUGGGCGUACCGCAAUUAAACGAGAAAGAAUCGGCUGAAACUACAGCAAGUCUUUGUAUGAAGCUGUUUACGGCUAUGGGCGUAACUGAUGUAUCUUUACAGGACAUAGACAUUGCACAUCGUGUCCAAUCUAGAAGACCUUCACAAAAUUCCAACCCAAUUAUAUGUAAAUUUGUCCGUCGACUAGCUAAAGAAAAGAUUAUGGCGGCUCGGAAACAUGCAUUAGAUAAUAUCACGCCCGAUCAGCUUG